AUGUUGGUUUCUUUUGAUGUGAAGGAAUCUUCUUCUCAGGUUAUUGUUGGUAACCUUUCGAUUCCUAACUUGGGAAUGUGGAGAGUUGCUACGGUAUAUGGGAGUAUGUGUUGUAGGGAGAGGGGUAGUUUAUGGAAGCAACUUGAGAAAUGUAUGGAGGAUUCUUGUCCUGCCAUCAUUGGAGGGGACUUCAAUUGUAUCUUGAAUAAGGAGGAAAAGAGAGGUGGUAAGAGGUUCUUGUUCUCUAAAGGACCUAAGGAGAUAAAAGGUUUUCUGAUGAAUUCAUAUUUUCAUGACAUUGGAUACAUUGGGCCAAGGUUUACUUGGUGUAACAAUAAGGAGGGGGCCUCCUGGAUUUGGGAGAGGUUGGACAGGUGCUUAUUAAAUUCACUUGCUAUUCAGAAGCUUCCAUUAGCUGCUAUUAGACAUUUGGCCAGAGUGGCUUCUGACCAUAGUUCGAUUGUUCUUAAAUUGGAUGUUAGUGUGUGUUUAAAGGAAAAGCUGAAAGGAGAGAUCCUUGAACUUCAAAACAAGGAGGCUUUGGGGGAGAAUCGGGCAGAUGAGGAUCUCCUGUUACUUCGAACUAAAGUACAUGAGCUUAAUGUUACUUUAAGAAGAUUAUCUACAUGGUGGAAUCAAAGGGAAAAAGUUAGAUGGCAUGAAGAAGGAGAUACAAAUUCCAAGCUUUUCCACAACUUUGCCACGGCUAGAAGGAAUGGAAAUCGGAUUAACCAAAUUAAAGAUGAGUUCAAUAAGGUAUAUGAUGAAGAUGAUCAAAUUGAGAAGAUGUUUUAUCAGUUUUUUGAAAAAAAAUGGCAGCAUAGGAACUGUGAUUUAACGAGUUGGCCGUUAGCUACAGAUAAGCAGAGGAUUUUAGAUGAGGAAAUUGCCUUGCUUAAUGAGGAUUUUUCUGUGAAUGAGCUGAAGUGUUCGGUCUUCCAGCAAGGUAACAAUAAGUCUCCAGUCAAGAAUCCUGUGGUUCCGGCUAACUACAGACCUAUCAUCCUUUGCCAAACUAACUAUAAGAUUGUUGCUUCCAUGCUAGUUAAUAGAUUGAAGAAGUUUUCCAUUAUCAUCAAUGGAAAGAAUUCCAAUUGGAUUAAUGCUCAUAGUGGGUUCCGUCAAGGAUGUCCACUAUCUCCAUACCUUUUCAUUUUGUGUUCUCAAUUGUUGUCCAAUUCCGUGGAGCAAAGGGGGCAAUCUCUUGGCAUUCGUAUCUCUUCUAGAGAUCCAAAGAUUACACAUCUUCUUUAUGCUGAUGAUGUGCUAAUCUUCUCUCUUGCAUCUAUUGCUUUAGCCAAGGCAAUGAAGAUUAUUGUGAAAGACUUUUGCAAGUGGACUGGACAAAGAGUUAACUUCAACAAAUCCCAAAUUAUGUUUGGCAAGGUGGUUAGGCACCCUUUGAGGAAGAAGAUUACUAAAGUUUUUGGCUUCAGUAUGGUCAAGGAAAUGAAAUACCUGGGUGUGAAUAUCUCUCUUAGGAGACCCAAGGUGGCAGAUUUUCAGGAGCUUCUUAGUAAUGUUAUGGAUAGGCUUAAUGCUUGGUGUAAGAAGUCCCUAUCUUUGGGAGGUAAGCUCAUCCUUAUUGAAAGUUCUCUAUUUUCUAUGCCAAACUUCUUGAUUACUCAUUCGUUAGUCCCCAAGAGGGUUCUUCAUGAAUUGGAAAAACUAUGUAGAAAUUUUAUUUGGCAUAAAAUUGAUGGAACUAAUGGAAUGCAUUAUGUUGCAUGGGAAGAGAUUUGCAAACCAAGGUGUUUGGGAGUAUUGGGUUUGCAUUCUCCUUUGCUUAGACUUGGAUCUCUUAGAUCUAAAUUGGCAUGGAAUUUCUUACUAAAGACGGAUUCAUUGUUUCAUAGAACAAUGAAGUGUAAGUAUGGUGGUGAUAUUAUGUAUGAAGCUCAAAAGAAUGGUAAUUCUAGUGCUUGGCGCAUUUUGUUGGAUGGAGGUAGACUCUUGAAGAAUGCUGUCAGAUGGAGAAUAGGCAAGGGAGACAGGAUCAGUGUUUUGAAUGAUACAUGGUUGCUUGAUAAAUGCAUCAACCGGUGGCCAACUUAUGUGAAUUGUGAAUUCCUUGAGGGUGUCUAUGUACAACAACUAUUAAUGAGUAAUGGUGAAUGGAACUUUGCGGUAUUACAAUUGGCUUUUCAGCCUGAUUUAAUCAUACUAAUUAGUCAAAAUAGUAUUGAAAAUAAGGAGGAGGAUAGGGUGGAGCUUCUGAAUUGGUGUUCGGGGAAGACCGUGUGUGCUUUUGUAUAUGAGCAUUCUAUUUUUUAUAGCUGUGCUGAUGAGGAGAUCGGGUUCUUCAAUUGGGUACUGAAGAUGAAACUUAACAAGAAGGCUGAGACAUUCUGGUGGAGGCUUGGUAAAAAGGCUAUUCCAUCUAAUUUGUUCUUAAAGAACCGCAGAUUAUCUGAUAAUGCUUUUUGUGCUAGAGGCUGCUAA